GUUCUUGCCAUCCAUAACUUCCAUUAUGCCCUGGGCAAUGACAUCAUUGUACAUAAGGAUCCACCCAAGAAGAGCAAGCAGGAUUGGGAUCCUUCCAGUAGUCUGCGUCCAUUGCGUCGCACCAAACGGAGAUGGGUGAUUACUACUAUUGAACUUGAAGAAGAAGGCAAAGGUCCCUUCCCCAAAUUGAUUGGAGAGCUCUUCAACAAUGCAUCCCCAAAUUCAUCCAUAAAAUAUUCAAUUAGUGGACCUGGUGUGGAUGAACUUCCGGAAUAUGGAUUGUUUUCUAUCAAGGAUGAUGCCAACGGACUUGUAUAUGUGCAUGAUUCUAUAGAUCGCGAGAGCACACCCUCUUUUCCAAUACGUUUUGAUGUUCACGAUAGAAAGACUGGAGUGAUACUAGACAAUUCCUUGUUCUUCAACAUUCAGAUUAAGGAUAUAAAUGACAAUGCUCCUGAAUUUCCCCAAAAGGAAUUUAACAUUAAUAUAAAAGAAAACCACAACAAAAAGGAACCUGUUUUCAAAGUCUCAGCAGUGGAUAAGGACCAAGAAGGCACUGAAAAUUCUCAAGUGGUAUUUUUCCUGGUCUCACAAACCCCUGACCUAAAGCCUCUUCUCUUCACCAUUGAUUCCACUAGUGGCUUAAUACACAUUACACAAUGCUUGGAUUAUGAGGCCAACAGGAAUUUCAAACUUGUGAUCAGGGCUUCAGACCGCGGAUCUCCAUCCUUGUCGUCAACUGCAACAAUCAAUAUUGCCGUGGAAGAUUCUAACAACAAUUUGCCUGUGUUCAUUCAAGAAAAUUAUCAUGCGGACGUCCCGGAAGGUAAAACCCAAGAUAAUAUCCUUCGUCUCAAGGUGGAAGAUAAGGAUAGUCCUCAAACGCCUGCUUGGAGAGUCAAGUAUAUCAUAAAGAAAGGAAACGAAAGGGGAAAUUUUGCCAUUGUGACAGAUCCUAAAACCAAUGAAGGCGUUUUAAGUGUUAUCAAGCCUUUGGUUUAUAGUACACCUUCUNACAGAAGACUUCUCAUUGUUGUGAAAAAUGAAGAGUCCUUCUUUAUAUGCCAGAGAGGCUUUGUGAGCGUGAUUGAUUCUCCAAAAUUGUCUGAAAUGUCAGUGAGCAUUAAUAUCACUGAUGAAAACGAUGCCCCUCAGUUCAAUCCUCCAAUUCUUAAGCUUUCUCGAGAAGAAGGGAUGAUGCCAGGAACCAGGCUUGUACAAUACGAAGCUCGGGAUCCAGACACAGGACAACACAAGAUGAAAUAUAAAAUAGUGUCAGAUCCAGCUGGUUGGGUAACGAUCGAUGAAAAUUCUGGAAUUGUGACAGCUGAAAAAAUUAUUGACAGAGAAUCCCCAUUUGUGAACAACAACACGUACACCAUUGUGAUUCACGCCACUGAUGAUGGUGUUCCACCAUUAACUGGCACAGGUAGCAUUCAACUUUAUCUUUCUGACUUGAAUGACAAUGCUCCAAUGCUAGUUACAACAUCUUUGACCAUCUGUGAGGGAGAUGAAAUGGGUCCUUUCCAUAUAAAGGCUGAGGACAAAGACUCCUAUCCAUUUGCAGAACCUUUUAUGUUCAAAUUGGAGGAUGCCUUAGAGGGUACUGAAAAGUUCUGGACGCUGGGGGAGAGCUCUGCUGCGAGAACCGUCCCACAGCCCUGUUACCUGAAGUUUGGGAACAAGGUGGAGGUGAACAAGUCAUCCUAUGCCAGCCAGAUCCCUCUCAAAUCCCAGAACGGUCAAGAUAAUGCGGGCGAUGGCUUCCUUCGGAAGAAGAGUAGCUCCAUUGAGAAUGGCUUUGACACACAGCAUUGCCUGAAGCCAUAUUUGGAUGCCUCUUUAAAUGCUGUUGCUCUAUAUUAUGGAGUCUGCAAUACUCCAUGUUCCAGCUUGUUUUAUUUUAGCAAGUGCAUUAGUAUUUUUAGCAUGGCUCAGAUUGUCGCUAUGUUACUAGUGCCUGAAUAUGGUUCAAGAACAGUGAAAACAGACAGCAAAUACUCAUAUAUACUACUGGAGGAGCUGAGCAGAUGGAUGAAAUCACAGUAUAUUCAUUUGGUGUUAGAUACCCCAUGUACAGAAUAUAAUGAGAUGAAAGGGAUAACAUCUUGUGAUAUCUGGGAUUCAUUUAAGCUUGUGGAAAGUAAUGGAAUGGACAGGAUUCAUUGCAAUAUGAAUGCUAUUGACUGUGAUUUUGAGUCAUCCUCCUCCAAGUUCCUUUGUACAGCAGCUGGAAAAAAGGAACACAAUGUGAGAACCUGGAAUAUCCUUUUGAUUUCUCAUAAUGUCUUGAUAUCAUAUAAGAGCAAAGAGCACUUGUACAGCUUAGAAAUUGUGAGUGGCUACCUCUUUGAAAGAGUGUCCAAUCCAGAGUGA